UAGUCAAUUGGCUAUUUCUCAAGCAAGUUAAAUAAAAGUUACCGAUAACGCCGAUAAGCGGGCGUUGAAAACGGAAGGUACCGAAGGGUCGGUAGGGUGUGCGCGGAGCCGGACGGAGGAGAGAAUAUGCCGUAUCAGUUGUAAAGAAGCGUCGCCAAAAUUCUUUGCGGUUCGUAUCUGCGCUACUUCGACGGCAGGAGCGUCGAAGUCUUCGCCGAGAUGAGUGGCGGCGGCAGCGCCGGCAGCCAGAACAGCGCCAGCAAUGCCUCCAGCUACCAUCAGCAUCAGCAGCAGCAACAGCAACAACAACAGCAGCAACAACAGCAGCAGCAGCAACAACAACAGCAGCAAACGGAGCUGGAGCAAGCGGGCUUGCUGCCGGAACUCAACGGCGUCGAUUUGGCUAUGAGUUUGUCGCCCAAGCACCAGCACUCGGCGCACGUGCAGGGGGGUGCAGGCGGCGCGCACACUACCCCCUUCAGUGUUACGGAUAUACUUUCGCCGAUCGAAGAGUCUUACCGGAAGCUGGAGUUCGCUGCUGUAGCAGCGGCCGUUGGCGCCGUAGCGCACGGCCAGGCCUCGCCCUACGCAAACACCUGCGGGGGUGGCGGAAGGGGGGUCGGUGCUGGAAGCGGUAAUACUGGAAGCUCGAGCGCGAGCAGUGGCAGCCCACCUCUCCACGGUGGCUCGACUCCUGGCGUAAGCACACCUGGACCCAUCAGUGGAGCGAAUAACGGAGGGGGUGGGGUUGUGGGGAGCGCAGGUCUAGGUGGCGGCCCAACAGGAAUGAGUGCCGUUGGCAAUCCUUACGCGACCAUGCAACUCGCGCCGCAAUAUCAAUACUGCGCUGCCGAAUUAUCUCCAUAUCACCACGCGGGCCCUGGAGUGGGUGGGGGUGCAGGCGCCGGUGACCCCAUGAGAUCGCAUGCUGUCUCGUCACACCAUCAUCCGUGGUACGCGCCAGCGCCACCCACAACCAAUGAUCCACGAUUUGCAAUAUCACGGUUGAUGGGGGCAGCGGCGAGUGCCGGAACGAAUAUGGCUGGGUGCUCGGUGGGCCAGUCGAUGGGAGAUAUGACAAAGUCCUCGGGUAUGGGCGUAGGCGUCGGCGUAAGCGUCGGCAUGGGCGUGAACGCGAUGCAGUUUCCCUUGGUGCAGAGGCGGAAGCGCCGAGUCCUCUUCACGCAAGCGCAAGUCUAUGAGCUCGAAAGGAGGUUCAAGCAGCAGAAAUACCUAAGCGCCCCUGAAAGGGAACACCUCGCUUCCAUAAUUCAUCUCACGCCCACGCAGGUGAAAAUAUGGUUUCAAAAUCAUCGAUACAAAUGUAAAAGACAAGCAAAAGAAAAAGCAAUGGCCGAACAAAAUGCACAAAAUCAGAGCGCGAGCUCACCUCGGCGAGUUGCGGUGCCGGUGCUGGUGAAAGACGGCAAACCAUGCAGCAGCGGCGGUGGUGGCGGCGGGGGUGGCGGUACCGCAGGUGGCGGAGGCGGUAACGAAGCCAGUCGCGGCGGGCCCUCGGCGGCCCUCGCCAGUCCCGCGCCCCACAUGGGCCCUGCCGGAGGCAACCCUCACGGAGGCCACCACAGCGCAGGCUCAUUGCCUCACCACUCGAUGAGCCACGUGAUGAACGGCAGCCAGAGCCUCCAGCACUGCUCGUACACCCGGGUUACGGCCAAUCAGCAAGCGGCCAUGCAGCAACAGCAGCAGCCUCAGUGCGGCGCCUACUUGCCACUCCAGGGUAGGGCCUGGUAGUGCGCGCCGACCGCCGCUGCCGCAGCCGCUGCCUACGCCAACGCGGCUCCGAGCGCGGCGGUCGGACCCUGGGCCCUCGCCACGGAGCCCUGGUACACGGUGCCGGACGACAGCCCCUGAGUUCGACUCGCUACGAGAACGGGUGCACUAGUCGGCCUCCAUGUUCCUUCGCUUUGACGAGUCCUCGAUGAGAGCCCUGCGUUUGCUUGUCCACACUCGCUUAUUGAUUCUUUUAUCAUCGACGAUGGAGCUACGGUGGGGUAGAUUAAAUUAUCCGCAACUCCGACUUUCGAACCUUUUUCAUCAAAUUGCUCUUUCUCUAUUGAUAUUUGGGUUGUGAAUGCUGUAAUGGUUCGGCACGAGAAGACAAUUACUAUGAACACUCGA